AUGCGGUUUGCGAAGCGUGCCGGUGGCGGAGUACUGCUUGCGGUGCAGCUGGCCCACGCCCAAUGCUCUGGGAAGAUACACGUCCGGGAGGCUCUUGCAGAGCGUGCGCUGGAAGGUGUACCCCAGUUUGUACUGGAUUAUGCGCCGUUGAGCUACAUUCACCACGAGGACGCUUAUUUCCCGUCCGACCUACAGGCACAGAUUGAUAAUACUCAGCCAGAAGUUGAUUUCAAGGUUGUGUCUGGCGCGGAAUCCCCACUUGAUCUCAACAACCUUGCUUCUCUGAACUCUUUCGGUGAUGAGAUAUACCUUACUUCGAAGGAUGAUAUCACGCAGACUCCACCUUGGCUGAGGGGCGUAAAACCCGACUGCAACGGAAAGACAGAAAACGCCACCACUGCAGCCGUCAUUGUCAAUGACAAAGGGAACGGGACGGUGGACGCCUUCUACAUGUAUUUCUACGCGUACAAUUGGGGCGGCGUCGUGCUCGACCUCCAAGUAGGCAACCACGUUGGGGACUGGGAGCACAACAUGGUGCGCUUCGAGAACGGCGAGCCGAAAUGGGUGUGGUACUCGCAGCACGCCAACGGCCAAAACUUUGCCUACGACGUUCUGCACAAAUCUGGCGAUCGCCCCAUCAACUACGUCGCCAACGGCACGCACGCCAACUACGCCAUCCCCGGCGGCCACGACCACACCAUCCCCAACCUCAACUUGCCCGUAGGUCUGCUGGAGGACCACACUGAAGGCCCCGACGACGGCGGCCUGCUCUGGGAUCCGCUGCUCUCGGCCUACUUCUACAACUACACCAACGCCACCGGCACCCCGACCUUCACGGCGCUCGGCGACGCUGCCGACUCGGUCCCGACGUCGUGGCUCGACUUCCUCGGCAAGUGGGGCGACGAGGAGUACCCGGAGGACGACGACAGGCAGCAGCUGCUGUUCGGCGGUGCGGUUGCGAAGUACGCCAGCGGCCCGACGGGACCGGUCAGGAAGCAGCUGGACCGCAAGGAUAAUGUUAGUUCGUCGACCGACGGUUGGCCGAAUAGUAUAAAGUUUGGAUUCACCUCUAGCCAGCAAGGCAUGCAUAUUGCUUGGUCCAAGGACGCAAAAGACAGAACAACGCGUCGCGGCAAUGGAUGGAGCUUGGGCCGCGCCGCUGAUCCACCGCGGGUGCGCGCAGCUGGUCGACCAUCUCGCAACCUCGCAUCUCACCUUAUCGCUGCAACUCGCCGCAGCGCGCUGCCUCUUGCCGUCGCCACCAUGCAACUGCUUGAGCCCCGUCAGCCGCAUCUACUGUCGCUGCCGGACGAGCUCGUGCUAGACAUUCUCCGCUACCUCGGCGAGGGCGACCUGUUCGAACUCGCCCAAACCUGCCGCUGGGGCUACCGCCUGUCGAUCCCGCUGCUCUGGAGAGACGUCGAGCUCAAGGAUUGCUGGACUCUGCACCCGCGCGCGUCCCGGCCGCAGCUCAGAGCCCGGCGCGUCAUCGACGAGUUGGCGGACGAGCAUGAUGAUACUCCAAUAAUUCGAAAGCUGCUGGUGCUGGCAACCAAGCCCGCCAUCGCCUGUCAUGUCCAGACCGUCCUCCACCGCUGCCACCUCCCGACGCCCAGCAUCUACCACGAGCUCCCGCUCUUUUGCUUCCGCUCGCUUACUCUCUCUGCCGACAGUCGCACCCACAAACUACUCAUGCUGGCCAUUCGGAACAUGACCAACGUACACACGUUAAGGAUCAUUUAUGGACACUACUUCCUCACUUACGGGCUUAUCUGGGGCUUCUUGCACCCACGUCGCCCAAAAAAUGUGCCUUUGAGGCGGCUGUGGCUUGAGUACUGUUCUCUUUCUAUGCCAGAGCCUGGGCCGGUCGGUUCGUCGUUCUGGCCCGACCUCUCAGGCAUUACGAGCCUAAGGCUCAGGCGCCUGAGCUAUCUCAAUGACCUCACACACACCAAUGUCGUAACCCAGGGCAUGGCUCUGAGCAGGGCUUUGAUCCAUAAGAGAAUGCUGCAAAAUGGCAUAGGAGGGGAAUACAUGACCACCAUAGACAAAGUGGUCCCCAAUGGCGCUGCCGCGUCCCAGGCCUCACUGUUGGAGGCGACCCGGCUGGACCAGAUUAUCUACGACGCUCUCCCCGAGGUCAAGGACUUUCUGGAAUCCACCCAUGUGCCUGAAGAUCAGCAGUUUGAAAGGACUCGACCUACCUCCCCUGCGAAAUUCCUGAAGCUUCUCCUGAACGACUCCGCGGCUACAUUAACCUCGUUAAAUCUCGAUAUGCUACUAUCUGACGACGCGUACCGACAGCGCGAGGAAUGGCUUGUCAGAGACAUGUUUUCCUGCUUGAGCCAUUUGCGCUUCCCUCACCUCCGCGCCUUCCAGCUGCGCAAUGUCAUGACUCCUUGGACAAAUUUACCGCGCGGGACGUAUUUACUGGAUAGACUGGAUACACCUGGCUCUCCGACACCAGUUAUCGAUUUCUUGGAGUUCAUGGAAGCCCACCCAAAUAUUUCGUGUCUGUCUUGGCCCAUGGAGAAUUUCUUCAGCCACUUACGCCCAGAGGGUCAGGCGGCAAUUCAGCAAGACCGUGUCAUAUCAAAUCUUGCCCGUACCUUGACAGAACUACGGGUGGACACCACGUUUCAUCCCGAUGCGGAAAGCCACAACUUAGGAGAUUUUCAAUACCCCUUGGGAGCCAAGGGACGGCGCUGGCAUUUCAUCACUAAGUUUGCCUCCCGAAUGACUAAGGUCGAACACCUGAAGAUGGAGGGUGGUAUACCACGUGAGGAGAAGCAUGAGACUAUCCGGGCGCUGUGGAAAUGCCCCCUCAACAAGAUCGUCAUGAUCGCGAAUUCAAGUCCGAUCGGGAACUGCUGGGGAAGCAGCGACUUGUUCCAAAUAAACGGCGAUGAUGAUUGGGACCUUAAUGAAGAGGAUCUGAACGCCUUGAAUGAGACGGCAGCGAAAGCGCCUGCUCCGCCUGGGGCAGACUUCCAGUUUGAACCCCAGUACGACUGGCUCGGCCCGUCCCUGAUGCUGCACACCGUCGCGUCCUUUCACGCCGACACGAUCACCGAGCUCAAAUUUUGCGGUUACGUAGGCGCACCAAUCCUCUUUGCCCCCACGGAGCUCUCACACUCGCUGCUCUCGCCUCUCCGACAUUUCCACAAUUUAAAAUACCUGACCAUGAGCAUGUGGCUGGACACAAACUAUGAGGACCGUCCCCGUGACGAAGAAAUAAUACAAUUCUGGCUCAACACCCGCGACCCAGACUCGUCAGCCAUGAUCGUUCUCGUUCCCGAGUACGACGCCUCAUCCGAAUCCGACUUCAACAUCGACGACAGCGACGUGGAAAUGCGGCCACCAACACCAAUUUCACCUCGUCCGCCAACCACUCCUCCCGGCGCCGCCGACCCCGAGCUACAAUUCUACCACGACCUCCAGGACCACAUCGCCGCCAACCCGAACAAUCCACAUCCGCUCCCAGACCCACCAGAGGAAGUCGCUCAGGCCCAACAAGCUCAACAACAACAGCAACAACCAGGUCCGCCCAACGACGCCGCUACCAACAACGACAACAACAACAACAACAUCAACAUCAACAACAACCACCACCACCACCACCACCACCACCACCACCACCACCACCAACCCCCCGCCGCCAUCGCCCAACACAACACGACGCACCACCUCGUCGCCGUCACGGGCGACCCCGUCACCGGGCCCGAGCCCGUCCUCGCCGCCUCCCGCCCCCUCUCCUGGCCCCGCCGCCUCAACGCAAUGUACGCCCCGCGCGCCCUCGCCGGCCAGGUCGCCCGCCAGAUCGGCCCGUACCUGUCGCCACAGGCCAAAGCCAAAGGCAGUAGUAGUAGUAGGGAAGAAGGUGUCGUGGUUAGGGCGAGUUUCUGCUUGAGUCAUAGUGUGGGGUGGGGGACUGUGUUUGAUAUCGAUGUGGGUGUGGGGACGUGGAUGGGGAUGGGGGAGAGGGGGAGAGGGAGAGGAGGGGGAGGGGGAGGGGGAGGAGGUGGAGGGGGAGGUGGUGGUAGUAGCAGCAUCGAGGCGGUGAGCGGUUGGAGCGCCGGGAUGGCCUCCGGGCUGGGAGAGGGGAAGGUCUUGUGGUGGGAGGGGCCGAGGGAAGAGGGCGAGCGGAGGAGGUGGUGGGGGAAGUUGAAUGGGAGGCGGUGGUUUUGA